UCUGGACGGAACCGGGCGGCCGAAAACUUUUGCCACUCCAGCGCAACGCGCCGCUCCGGUCGCCCGAUAUAAACUGAAGUCCAAAGCCCCUCGAGCUUCAUCCCCCGUCCAAAACCCUCGCCAAAUCUGAGAUCCCGACGCGACGCGACGCGAGACCCUAGCGGAUCGGUCAAGGCGGCCAUGGCGAUCAUCUCCGAUUUCCAGGAGGACGAGGUCCCGCGGCAGCAGCAGCAGGCAGCGGCGAUGGCCCGCGACGAGGAGGCCCUCGCGGCGGUGCUGGAGCGGAGCGGCGGCGCGCUGCCGUUCCUCCACGCGGCCAUCGACGUCGCACGGCGCCGCUCCGACCUCUUCCGCGACCCGUCCGCCGUGAGCAAGGUCACCGCGAUGGCGUCGGCCGCCAGGGCGCAGGUGGAGGCCGAGGAGAGGGCUGCGAGGGAGGAGGAGAGGAAGGCGGCCGAAGCUGAGAGGAAGGCGGCCGAAGCUGAGAGGAAGGCGGCCGAGGCGGAGAGGGACGCGAAGGCUGUGGCGGCACCAGCACCGGCACCGGCGGCGGAGAGCUCGGGGGUGACGGCGGAGCGGGGGGUGGAGAGCUCGGCGGAGAAGGACAGCAUGGAGGUGGAUAAGGAGGGGAGCAACGUGAGACAACCAAAUGCUGGCAAUGGUCUUGAUUUGGAGAAGUACUCCUGGACUCAACAGUUGCCAGAGGUUAACAUCACUGUCCCUGUUCCCCAAGGAACAAAGUCAAGGUUUGUUGUCUGUGAGAUAAAGAAGGACCAUCUGAAGGUUGGGCUUAAGGGCCAGUCCCCUAUCAUCGAUGGUGAGCUUUACAAGCCCAUUAAAGUAGACGACUGCUUCUGGAGCAUAGAGGAUGGAAAAUCGCUGUCUAUAUUGCUCACAAAACAUAAUCAAAUGGAAUGGUGGAAAUCUGUGAUAAAAGGUGAUCCUGAAGUUGAUACCCAAAAGGUGGAACCAGAGAACAGCAAACUCUCUGAUUUGGAUCCGGAGACUAGACAAACUGUGGAGAAGAUGAUGUUUGACCAGCGUCAGAAGCAGAUGGGCCUUCCGACAAGUGAUGAAAUGCAGAAGCAAGAAAUUCUCAAGAAAUUCAUGGCUGAGCACCCGGAGAUGGACUUCUCGGGGGCGAAAAUAGCCUGAGGUUGUUGGAUCGAAGGCAGUCAACUGGUGGAAGGCGUUGGAUGGAGAAACUGUGCUUCUACCGUAGUCAAUAUUGGUUGUUUAGUAUGGGGACACUUCGACAAGUUUUUGCAGUGCUUCAGAAAUACAAUCUAGAACUGCGACUUGUUUCCUGAACCGAUACAAUGGCCGGAUUCUAUUAUGUUUUGCGAGACCCGAUUGAAAUGUGUUGCUUCAUAGCAGGCCAUGUGCUGCUUUCCA